UAUUAUUCAGUCUGAGAACAGGUGCGUACUAAGACGUUACGUUCCAUUGACCGCAUCAGCGUUGAAACGCGUUGGGAAGAUUAAUGGAGACUGGUCGUGUUCGCCGGUUUACUGCGGCUCAACUAGGGACAUAUCAUAUCAAGGAGUCCAAACAGGUACCACGGGAGGCUGUAGCCUAUGGACAGCAUCACACUGCAUUGUGGACUACUCUUUACUGAGAUGGACUGUAGUUAGUGGUCGUUUCGAGACGUCAGUGUGCAAGAGCCAUUUACGCAGUUUAAUUUGGCCAUUAAGUGCUGCUUUAUGUUGGGUGAUGUUGUCUGCGUUCAACACGUUGCCUGAGAGCGAGGCUGGAACAGGUCACUGGUUCACUCCAUCCAUAAUUUAGGAUGACGCCUUUUCGUCAAACCUGCUCCGUCUCUUCCCUGUUUCCACAAGUUCAACCGCUUCGUCAGCAGUCCUAGUGCUCCUGAGCGCUCGCUGCGACCCUUGUUCGGCUUUCCUGGCUGACGUCCCGGGGAGGUUAUGCGACGGUUUCUCUACUGUAAGGUGGUGCUGACCACCUCUUUAGUGUGGGUGCUGGUGGAUGUGUUCUUGCUGCUCUACUUCAGCGAGUGUAACAAAUGUGAUGACAGAAAAGACCGCUCGCUGCUCCCAGCUCUGCGAGCGGCGAUAUCUCGGAGCCAUGAGGGUCCAGGCGAAAUGGGCAAGGCAGUAAACAUUCCCAAGGACGACCAGGAGAAAAUGAAGGAGCUCUUUAAGAUCAACCAGUUCAACCUGAUGGCCAGCGACAUGAUCGCACUCAACAGGAGUCUGCCUGAUGUGAGGUUGGAUGGCUGUAAGACCAAGCUGUACCCAGACGACCUCCCAAACACCAGCAUUGUCAUCGUGUUUCACAACGAGGCGUGGAGCACCCUGCUGCGGACAGUUCACAGUGUCAUCAACCGCUCGCCCCGACAGUUGCUUGCGGAGAUUGUGCUUGUGGACGAUGCCAGCGAGCGAGACUUCCUGAAGAAGAAGCUGGAAAACUAUGUGCGCACUCUGGAGGUGCCAGUGAGGAUCCUGAGGAUGGAGCAGCGCUCAGGUCUGAUCAGAGCCAGGCUCAGGGGAGCGGCCGCUACGAAAGGUCAGGUCAUCACCUUCCUGGACGCUCACUGCGAGUGUACUGUCGGCUGGCUGGAGCCCCUGCUGGCACGCAUCAAAGAAGACAGGACAGCAGUGGUGUGCCCUAUCAUCGAUGUCAUCAGUGACGAGACGUUUGAAUACAUGGCGGGUUCAGACAUGACCUAUGGUGGAUUCAACUGGAAGCUGAAUUUCCGCUGGUACCCUGUUCCCCAGCGGGAGAUGGACCGGCGCAAGGGGGACAGAACACUUCCUGUCAGGACUCCCACAAUGGCGGGGGGAUUAUUUUGUAUAUACAAAACAUACUUUGAAGAAAUAGGAAGCUACGAUCCAGGGAUGGAUAUCUGGGGCGGAGAGAACCUGGAAAUGUCUUUUCGAAUCUGGCAGUGCGGGGGCUCAUUAGAAAUUGUAACAUGUUCACACGUGGGCCAUGUUUUCCGGAAGGCCACCCCAUACAGUUUUCCCGGAGGAACGGGCCAAGUCAUCAACAAGAACAACAGGCGCCUGGCAGAAGUCUGGAUGGAUGAUUUCAAAGAUUUCUUCUACAUCAUAUCGCCAGGCGUGAUGCGUGUGGACUACGGAGACGUUUCCUCCCGCAGAGACCUUCGCGAGGCCUUGAAGUGCAAACCGUUUUCCUGGUAUCUAGAGAACAUCUACCCAGACUCCCAGAUCCCGAGGAGAUACUACUCACUUGGUGAAAUCAGAAAUGUUGAGACAAACCAGUGUGUGGACAACAUGGGAAGAAAGGAGAACGAGAAAGUUGGCUUUUUCAACUGUCAUGGCAUGGGUGGAAACCAGGUGUUCUCUUACACAGCAGAUAAAGAAAUAAGGACAGACGAUCUUUGUUUGGACGUAUCCCGCCUCAAUGGACCUGUCGUCAUGCUCAAGUGUCACCACAUGAAGGGCAAUCAGAUGUUCGAGUACGAUGCUGAGUAUGUUGGCAAGUGGGAAUAUGAUUUUGAGAAGCGCACCUUCCUCCACAUCAUCACCCAAUCAUGUCUGACCAUCAGCCGCCUGGAGGACGGCACCUACGGCCCCACAGUGGAGUACUGUAACGACAGUCCCUUACAAGCCUGGAUCCUCCAUAACUACACGCGUCAGGAAGUCGCUCAACACCUUUACUUCAGUCCCACUGAUUAUUUUCUGUGACUUUAGGGCCUGAGGUGAGCAGCGACUCACCCUGCUGCAUGUGAACAGCAACCAGUGUUUGGACAUGCCAUCAGAGGAGGACAAGAUGGUCCCCACACUGAGAGACUGCAACGGCAGCCGCUCUCAGCAGUGGCUGCUCCGUAACAUGACCCUGAGUGUCUGACCCCUCAUCUCACCUUUCUCCCCCGCCGCUCUGUCCUUAUCCUAACCAGCCAUGGCUCUCCUCACCCCCGCCAGGUGGCUCCUACCACAGCACAACAUACGCCUCUUCCUGUAAAAACAAAUACAGAGAUCCAGGCCGCAGCGGCUUAUCUUCCAUUAUGGGGGCGUUUCCUUUCACAGCUCGCAGCAGGUGUUAGAGAAGCUGCACCUGCCGUUAAGGUGACAUGACGAGCCACAACUUUGGGGACCUCAUCGUGUCCGAGUAGAGAGAAAGCUGUGUGACGUCUGUGCAUGGAAAAAAAUUGGCGUCAAAGCACUCACACUGUGUCAGCCAGCUGCUAGGCUUGGGUCCACUGUGCUGCUCAGACUUAGCUUAGCUGUUGGAAUAAAUUAAAACAGAAGAGCAUUUAAAACAAGAAUCCAGUAACGCACGUCUCCGCGAUGGUCUGCACUGUAAAUGACCUUCCUUGUGCUUUGUUCAAGACUGUUUUCAUGACUGCUGCUCAUUCUCUCUUCAUAUCAGUGUCUGAGUACAUUCAAUCACAAAAAGUGACAUUGUUUAUAGAGCCAGACCAAUACUGGAUUUGAGAAUUUGAAACCUAUCUUGAUAUUUGAGGUUUAAUAGAUGUAAUAAUGCUGUUGUGCAUUACUAUUUUGUUUUAAAGUCAAGCUGAAAUUGGAAUUGUCAUCAUGAUGCAAGGGCAUUACAUCAUAUAACUGUAUACUACAGCUUUUGUGUAUAUUUUUUCAUUUUUUAAAAAGAGGUAAACAUUCUGGGGACAUAUUUGUAGAAACAUUGUGUACCUUGCAGCCUCUGGAUGGGCAUUUCCCAUGACAGCUGGGGACUGACAUUUGAGGGCCGGUGUCACACCAUCAGCAUCCAUGGCUGUGAGGAACUUCAUAAUUGUUUUUUUCAGAGUUAAAAAUCGAACACAAAGAAUACAUUUAAAAGCUGAAGGAAUUCAGUUAGACUUCAAACUAAUGAAAAAACGUGAUGAUGACAACACGGUCCUUAAAUUUCGUUAUCCACAAGACACUUACAAGGUUUACUUAUUAGUACUCUGUAGUGCGCAUUUCUAAAGUACCUCAAACAUAUCUGUAGGAUCUUUUCCCCCGAUUUCCUCUUGUUAUUUGCUGAGAUAUAGGCAGGUAAUAAUGUAUUGGUGAUUAGCUAAUGCCUCCAGGUGUUAUGAUAAGAAAGGAAAAACCUCUCAUUACAUUACAUGACAUUUCUCUUUGGUAUUCUGGCAACAUAUUGUCAGAAAGACAAUAAGAGUCAGUUAAAAAUACCUGAAGAGCAUUUCUUAAGAUGUUUUGAAAAACAUGAAGCUAAUUAUUUCAAACAGUCUAAAAUGUAUAGAAUGAAAGAGUGUAGCUAUAACAUCCUCGCAGAUUAAUAAAAAAUAUUCCAUUGUAAGGGAAACAGGAAACACAAUAGGAAAAUGUGAAGCAGCACUUUGGGUCUGUUCGAAGUACAGUAUUAAGAGUACAGUGAUAGAGACUCUGCCAUGAGUAGAAUAUACAUAAUUGUUUUUUGACUGAAUGUAAAUGUUCCCUAAAUGGUAAAGACUGAGUUCUGAAACACUGUAACGGCUCAGUGAGCGGGAUAGUUGCAUGUGCCUUUAGAAAGCUGUUUUGGUUGUUGGAUCAUUUGUUUCAGAAAACAUUUGAUUUAUUUUGGUGAUAAACAAAAUUAAGAAUGUCAAAUAUUUUCUUCAUUUCUAGCAAAAAACAAGCAAACUGAGAAUUGAUAUAAAAUAACUGUCAUAUCUCAUUAAUACAUCACCUUCAUAUUAAUGCUCGAUCAAUGCUUCAGUAACAGUAUAGUCAAAACAUUUAAAAUGUGCAAAUGUAGUUUUUCUCUACAGUUUUUAUAAGGAUCAGGCAUCAAAUGUUAUGGUAUAAUACUGUUAACAUGUUUCUAUCACCAUUGUUUUUGUUGUUGUUGCUGUUGUUGUUGUACAUACAGAACCAAUUAUUUUUCUAAGAUGCUGUUAAACUUGAACACUCCUCUGAGAAAAGAUAUUGAAUGGUAUAAAGAUCACAAGGUAUUGCAGUGUUUUAUUUGGAGUAAUGGUAAUAAAAACCAGCGCUUACCUUGGAUUUGGAAAUUGCGGUGUGUUUUCGAAAUAAUUGUUGGACCAACAAAGCCAAAUUCUCAGACCACCUGAGGGGCGUCAGGCAAGCGGACAUGAGGGAGCAACUAAUGGGGAAAUACUAUCAAUGCUGCUCGAAUACUGAGUCUUUGCCAAUUACCUGCUUGGCAUUCAGACUAAAAUUCAAUCAACUCUUUCAUAUUAUACAGAUACAUUUAUUGUUUUUCAUUAUCUCAAAGUGCAUGUUGUUAAAAUAGGAAUGUAUUGUUUUAAUGUACUGGUUGCAAAGUGAUGUUACCUGUUUGUACAUUUUGCCUUUUUGUAAAAAAAGACUGAAGAUAGAUUUUUGCAUUUAUAUCAGUUUCAAGCAAGCACGUUA